ACUGUGAACGCCCCCAUGGCGGGGACCUGCACCCCCAGUUCUUCGGCUUUCGGCCGACGUUUAUGUGCUAUGUGCCCAGCCCGGUGCUGGCUUCGGUAGGAGACACAGGUGAGAGUCGGGGCGUCGGCCAGAGUGCGGAGCUGGGCAGCGCGGGGAGCCCUCCCCACAGCCCGCCCGCCGGCCCCUAGGCAGGAAGGUCAGUGCCCGGUGGAGCUCGGAGACCACUUCAGCCCACCGUAUUGGGAGAGGCCAGGGGCUGGACCUAGUGGGUCUGCAUUCCACCGGCAGCUGCUCCUAGAGCGCGCAGGAGUGUGUAGUUUACUUUGUCCAGCCUCAGGAGACAGCCUUCUAGUCCCAGACCAGAGCCUGUCAGUGGGAGUCAGGCGUCUAUGGUCUUCACCUCCCUGGACAAACGCUGCAGUCAUAAAGCUUGCUGUGAUCACGACACGGUGCCAGGCAGUGGUCUGGCCAUGGGCUUUCAGGAUGACAGAGUUUAAGGGGGUAUACCUGGAGCCCAAAAGAAUACUGGAGAUGGACGCCCAAGGAUUGAAGACUGAGUGUGACAAACUUGAAGACCUUGAAGAAGCCAAUCCAUUCUCCUUCAAAGAGUUUUUGAAAACCAAGAACCUCAGCCUGUCAAAAGAAGACACAGCCACCAGUCGAAUUUACCCGAAGGAGGCCUCGAGGCACCCACUGGGACUAGACCACAACUCCCCUGUCUCCCAGCCCAUGGGAUAUGGCCUGGAAUAUCAGCAGCCAUUUUUUGAAGACCCAACAAGAGCCAGCAACCUAGAGGAGGAUGAAGAGGACGGGUGGAGCAGAGCCUACCUGCCGUCUGCCGUGGAGCAGACUCACUCCACGAGAGCCACGCAGAACUCAUCGCCCUGUGGCACCUACCUUUCCUUCUUUUCCAACGCGUCAGAGCUGGCAGGUCCUGAGUCUUUGCCCCCAUGGACACUGAGUGACACUGACUCCAGGCUCUCCCCAGCGUCUCCAGCUGGGAAUCCUAAUGUAGACUUUGCAGCUCAUGAAGAAUCCUUAGGGGACAGACACCUGCGGACGCUGCAGUUAAGUUACGAAGCACUGAAAGAUGAAAACUCUAAGCUCAGAAGAAAGCUAAGUGAGGUUCAGAGCUUCUCUGAAACUCAAACAGAAAUGGUGAGGACGCUCGAACGGAAGUUGGAGGCGAAGAUGAUCAAGGAAGAGAGUGACUUCCAUGACCUGGAGUCAGUAGUCCAGCAAGUCGAACAGAACCUCGAACUGAUGACCAAACGGGCUGUAAAAGCAGAAAAUCAUGUCAUGAAGCUGAAACAGGAAGUAAAUUUGCUCCAGGCACAGCUCUCCAACUUCAAGCGAGAAAACGAAGCCCUUCGGUCAGGCCAGGGUGCCAGCCUUACCGUGGUGAAGCAGAACACCGAUGUGGCCUUGCAGAACCUCCAUGUUGUCAUGAACAGUGCACACGCAUCUAUAAAGCAGCUGGUGUCUGGAGCAGAGACACUGAACCUUGUUGCUGAAAUCCUCAAGUCUAUCGACAGAAUUACUGAAGUUAAGGAUGAGGCAGACUCUUGAGAACACGACCUGCCGCCGGGUCCCGGCACCUCUGCACCGAUGGCACCACACAGCUUCCAACUGUGCUCCUAACUAAGCAGUCCUCACCAAACCAUCUCACAGCCUAAGCACGUGACCGGGCACCUGCAGUACAGGGCUCCUUUCCACCGGUUGCACCUAACAGUUUACAUGAAGUCCUUUGGGGAAGUCCCACUGUUUGAUAGACUCACUGAUUUACUGGAAGACAUUUUUAUAAAACCCAGCAAUUUUUAGAAAGCACUAAAGCUGAAACAACAGUUUGGUAAAAAGCUGCUUCCACUGUCCCUCAGAUUUACUAUAGGAUGAGCUCGGGCUCAGGGCCAGUUUUACUAAGCAGAACACUAAGUGAGCCAGUGUGGAAGCGAGCAGCCUGUACAGGACUCUUGCUGUCACUCUGCCUCACGAACAGACGUUGACAUUGUGGCCUUCACGGACGGCUCCUGCUGUCAGCAGCCUCACCGAGGCAGCACCACUCGGUAGAUGCUGCUGUCCUACCAGGACCCUAGUACCAAAGUCACAGACUGCAUUGCAGAGCGUCACACACGCACUACUCUGGGCUACCAGCUUCGGGAAGCCAUUUGAGGCUGUUGGUUUUGAUGAGUGUUAAUGUGUCAGUGCAUCUUUUGCAUAGUGCGGUUCAGACUGGAAUUAGAGCACACACCUACCUGCCUCAGGUCAGCACCAGUUCUUUGGGCUGGCUGGCUGGUUUUGAAGGACAAGCAGACAAAAGCAGCACCCUGUGCUGUGCUGAGGGGUCAGGGUUUGGGGACCACUUUCCUAUAGAUUUUUUAAAUUUCCCUCUUCCCCUCCUGUUGAGAUCAACAGCUUUCUUAUCUAAAUAAAUCUUGAAGAUCAUUUA